GGCCAAUGAGCGCUCGACCUCACACCCAGGAAAUGGUCCCCUUUUGAUGUCCUACAUUCCUCUCCAGGUCUCACUCAUAUUUCUGUUCGCUGUCCUUGCAGAAUGUUAAUGUGCAACGAUGAUGCUCACACCGCGUUGGACUGUGUCUAAUAUUACUAGACACCUGCGAGAUCGUUAUCUUAAGUAAAGCGACAUUUUUUUUUUACAGAGGAACGUUUUUAAGAAAAAAAAGAAGAAACAAUGAGGCCUAAUAUCAAAGAUGAGGAUCAAAUGUCAAGCUGAGGAAUCCAACACGCAGCAGGCAUGUCCACACAAAUGCAAGCCUUUUCCUCUCCCUCCGUGUCCUCCAGCGGCAUAUCCCGCUCCAAGAAACUGAAGGUGGAAAACCAUGCAUGGAACGUGAGCAACCAAUCAGGCGAGAGCAGCUACUACCAGCACAGCCCCAGCCAAACCAACGGUUCCUCUCCUUCCACAUCUGGAUUCAACCCCAGCUACAACUCCUCCAGCCUGGUGUUUCCUCCACCCGGAGCAUCGAGGGAGCAGACGGUGGUCCGCGCGGCGGACAGCACCGGCAGUGGCCCGGAGCCUUCAUCAUCCUCCUCAUCAUCAUCCACAUCCAGCCACCGCGGAAAAGAUGCGAGAUCUAAUUCUCUGACUUGCGAGGGCUAUCAGAAACGGGCCAGUCUGAAGCGGAAGAGCGAGGAGGUGGACAGUAGUGACAGCGUGCAGAUUUUGGAAGAGCUUUCAGCGCCUGUGCUCCCCAACCGCGUAGCCGGAGGUGGAGGAAACGCCACGGCUCAGUCCAUCGCUCAUUCCACGUCCACCACCAAAAGCAGCAACUCCCACAGCGAGGGCGACUACCAGCUGGUGCAGCACGAGAUCCUCUGCUCCGUCUCCAACAGCUACGAGGUCCUGGAGUUCCUUGGCCGGGGAACUUUCGGACAGGUCGCCAAAUGCUGGAAGCGGGGAACCAAUGAGAUCGUGGCCAUUAAGAUCCUCAAGAAUCAUCCUUCGUAUGCGCGCCAGGGUCAGAUAGAGGUGAGCAUCCUCAGCCGUCUCAGCACAGAGAAUGCAGACGAGUUCAACUUUGUGCGCUCCUACGAGUGUUUCCAGCACAAGAACCACACGUGUCUGGUGUUCGAGAUGCUUGAGCAGAACCUCUACGACUUCCUCAAGCACAGUAAGUUCAGCCCGCUGCUCCUCAAGUGCAUCCGGCCGGUUCUGCAGCAGGUAUCGACAGCCUUGAUGAAACUCAAGAGUCUGGGGCUUAUCCACGCUGACCUAAAGCCUGAGAACAUCAUGCUGGUGGACCCCAUCAGACAGCCCUACAGGGUCAAGGUCAUCGACUUCGGUUCUGCCAGUCACGUCUCUAAGGCCGUGUGCUCAACUUACCUGCAGUCUAGAUAUUACCGAGCUCCAGAGAUCAUUCUGGGCCUUCCGUUCUGUGAGGCCAUUGACAUGUGGUCUCUGGGUUGUGUCAUUGCUGAACUGUUCCUGGGCUGGCCUUUGUAUCCAGGAGCUUCAGAAUACGAUCAGAUUCGGUACAUCUCCCAGACUCAAGGUUUGCCAGCGGAGUAUCUCCUGAGCGCUGGCACUAAAACCAGCCGUUUCUUCCACAGAGGCCCAGACUCCAGCUACCCUCUCUGGAGACUGAAGACUCCCGCCGAGCACGAGGCUGAGUUUGGCAUCAAGUCCAAAGAGGCUCGCAAAUACAUUUUCAACUGCCUCGAUGACAUGAUGCAGGUCAAUAUGACUAACCUAGAGGGCACAGACAUCUUAGCGGAGAAAGCUGACCGGAGAGAGUUUAUCGACCUGCUAAAGAAAAUGCUAACAUUAGAUGCGGACAAGAGAAUAACACCCACCAAGACCCUCAACCACCCGUUUGUGACGAUGACCCACCUGCUUCACUUCCCACACAGCUCUCAUGUGAAAUCCUGCUUCCAAAACAUGGAUAUCUGCAAGCGCAGGUGCACCGCCUUCGACAACAACAAAAACCUAUUCAGCAGCCACAAUGGCCCGAGCGCAGCCGCCAACCUCACCGUCACGUUCAGCAGUCAACUCAAUCAGCACAGCCAGAUGGCCUCCACAGGGGGCCAGUCCCUGUCUCUUAGCAGCAACGUUCCUUUACUGAACUACCAGCCUGGUCUGUACCAGCAGGCCACUAUAAAUAUCCCAGGCUUGGCUCAGCAGAGUGUGCCGCUGCAGGCUCGCCCUACUCAGCUGUGUGCCCAGACAGAGCCCUUCCAGCAAACCCUCAUUGUGUGCCCUCCUACCAUCCAGGCAGGGCUGCAGACCUCCAACAAACACACUGGCUAUCCUGUGAGAAUGGACAACUCUGUGCCCAUAGUGCCCCAAAACCAGUCCACACAGCCUCUGCAUAUUCAGCCCAGCAUGUUGACACAGUUCCUCCACACAUCCCUCUAUCCCUUCCCCAACCAGAGCAACAGCAGCAGCACUCCUCUGACCCUGCGCCUCCCGCUGACCCUCAGCUCUCGCCAUCUGGAGCAGAGUGCCACAAUGCUGCAGGGCUGGCCAGCAGGUACCCAGCAGAUCCUCAUUCCCUCUUCAUGGCAGCAGAUGUCAGGCAUGGCCAUGCACAAUCCCAGCCAGCCUGUCCUGUCCACAGAUUCACCCAUGAGCUCGCUGCUCUCAGACAACAGCAACCAACAGAACAGCUGGAGGGGUCGUCAUGGAGGUCAGUGUGAUGGGACGCAGCAGGGCUCUGUGCAGGGGCGUAAUGUGAACACACAGGCCUCCCACGCUGGUGCGGCCAGCGCUCGCUCACAGCAGAACACACUGAAGAGGUCAAAGGUCAGACAUGCCGACAACAGAGUCAGACCCACGUCCUCUCAGCAGCAGGCAUCUGCUGCAGCACACGGCUGCGGUGAUGCUUCCCAGCCAAUCAUCAUCUCUGACACUCCCAGUCCUGCCGUCAGCAUCAUCACCAUCCACAGCGACACCGAGGACGAGGACGACAGGAAGAUUCCUCCUGAGAGCUGCAGUGUGAACCAGCGCACAAACGUCAUCAGCUGUGUGACUGUCCAUGACUCGCAGGACUCUGACUCCUCCACCAGCACCCCUAUUAGCCCCAAACGCCAAUCCAGCUUUAUCGAGAACAACACGCACUCCAAGUCUCUGGCCGUGGUGACUCCCUCAGUCAAAACACAGCUCUGGGAUGCGGCGUCAGGAGAGCAAAGUACUAACAGUUCUGGAAAAUCAAAGAAAGGAAUGGCCUCCCAGUCCAGCGACCGGCAUCAGAGAGCAGCAUCAAACAGAUCUCAGCCUCUCAACCUGAGCCAGGCACAGCAGUCUAUGGGCGGACCUCUGAGACGACAGCCCACCUACCCACCAACAGGCCCCUCCCACUCCUACAGGCUUCAUGAAGCGUCGCUUUUCGGCUCCGCCUCCAGUCUGUAUGCAUAUCCGGCAUCAGCAGCUCUGGCCUCAGUCUCUCAGGCAGUGGAUCAGCUGCACAACUCCAGCUCCACCUCGUCCAGCAGACACACACGCACCGCCGGCCCAUACUCAGCCUCCCUGAGUCUCCUGCAGAAAAACAGUGCCAUGGGCGUCAUGUGCCACGCUUCAGCCCCGUAUCAGCAGCAGCUGUCAGCACAGUCGUACCAGCGGUCGGCAGCGUUCCCCCUCAGCCAGAGGAAACUCAACCAGUACCCCUACCUGUGAGAAACACCCACCGGAAGUGUAUCAUGGACGUUCAGCUGGAAAUGCCAUUUCAGAUUAAGUCAUUUUAGUCUUUUAUUUGGUUUAAUGCACUUCAAUCAUAGCACUUUUUAGAUUUUAGAUCAUGAACGCAAAGCGCUUUUAAAUGUUAGCCAUUGUGCUUGCAAAGAAGUCCAGAGAAAAUGUCAAAAUUACUUUACAAUCAACACAUAUAUAUCAUACAUGGCUGUGUUUGCAAUGGUAUGCUAUUAUACUGCUCUUAUUGUUUAUUAUCCUAAGUAGAUAGCUAUAUAAAAUGCUACUUUAUAUUCGAAGCAACUUAUAAAUGAGAAAUACAGCGAAAUGGGUUAUAUUAGAGCAGCGAUCGUGAGGAAUUAUGCAUCCCACAAUGUUGCGCACACAACUGGAAAUUCUAUUGACAUUAUGAUAAAUGACUUCAUAUAUAUGUGAAGAACCUAUUUAAUUAUACAGGCAACAAUUGCAUUAUUAUUAUUAUUUACAUUUUUGAAUUAUUAAUUAAACUUUUUUUAACAACUACAGGAAAAGCACAUCUCCCUAUCUAAUUCAUGUUGUUAUAAUGCAAAACAAAUAAUUCUCAUUACUGUAAUGCCAAGUUCAGACUGAAUAAUUAAAGCUUUGAUUUUGACUCGUUAAAAA